AUGUUCCCAUUCACUGCAAGGCAAGUCUGGUCAUGCUUUUGUGCCACCACUGCCUUUGCUGCCACUGUCGAGGCUAUAACGUCUCCUAUCGUAGCCAAGGGCCCUGCAUGUGUCACCAACAAUGGAGCCGUCCACGUCACGGCUGACUGCGUUGAUUCCACUUAUAACACAGUCAUCAUUGACGCUGAGCAAGACUUCGCUACUCCCGUCGCACACCGGAGGGUCUCAGGGCACUUCAGUGAAACCAAUGUCGAUUUCAAUAUCUACCUUCCAAAGUCUGGGUGGGAUGGAAGGUUUUUUCAGCUGGUCUACCCUCUGCAGAACUCGACUGCUGAAGACCACGAGAUUGGCUUCGGUGCCGACAGUGGCGGGUAUACUAACCAUGUAGCUGGAGGUGGAGGCUAUCGUGCUGAUGCUGCUGUGGCCAAGCUUUCGCGAACUAUUGCUGCUGAGUAUUAUCAGUCUGAUCGAAAGAUUUAUGCCUAUAUCUAUGGCGCCAGCGGCGGCUCCUUGGUUAUCGUUGGGGCUAUAGAGAAUACCUUUGACGUCUGGCAAGGUGCUAUUCCUCUUGUCCAGGCUAUUGCUAUCUCCAACCCAAACAAUUUCUGCAUACGUGCAAUGGCACGUCUGGUUCUAGAAUCACAAAAGGAGAAGAUCCGAGACUCGGUCCGGCCUGGAGGGGACAAUGACCCUCUUAGGCACUUGAAUUCAGUUGGAAAGAAGGUCCUUACAGAGGUCACUGAGCUUGGCCUCGCAUUCGAAGCAUUCGAGGAUUGGGAGGGCCUCGCUGGGAACAGGACAAAUUUCCUGCGAACAUUCCGACUUAUAGUCCUUCCCAACAUUGUUCGCUUCGAUCCGACCUAUCUCAAUGACUUUUGGACAAAGGAUGGAUAUCUUGGAACUGAAAAGUCCGACCUCGGUGACUUUUACCGCAAGGCUGUGGUCGAAUUCAACACGACCGUAAAGUCGGCCCAUGUUGGUUCGGGGGGAGUCCCUGUCUCUAUCACUCUUGCCAAGACUCCUUCAAUCCCGCCGGCUUAUGGGCUUCAGGCCACUAUCAAGUCGGUGGAUGGCAAAUCGGCUCUCGGUCAGUUCACCAUACAGAUUGCAAAGGGUUCUUUGACGGCUGAGAUCGACCCUGGUCAGAACGCAACUGUCCUUGCUAGGAUUUCCAAGGGUUCUCGGAUCGAGGUUAACAACCGGGCAUGGCUAGCGGCCUCUGUAUACCAUAGAUACCAAGUUCCUACUCAGCCAGGGUUCUAUGGGUAUGAUUAUCUUCGCAAAGCCGAUGGAACGCCCAAGUACCCCCAGCGUAACUUACUGAUCGGUCCUAUCAUUGCUCGUGCCGCGAGUGGUGGGGGCACCUUUACUGGUAAUAUCACCGGCAAGGUGAUAGUUAUGGAUACGCUUAAGGACUUUGAUGCAUUCCCGUGGCACGCCGAUUGGUACAGAUCAGAAGUCAAGGAAACCCUUGCCGAUCGGUUCGAUGAUAAUUUCAGACUGUAUUAUAGUGACCAUUCCGAUCACUACCUGGAGCCGGUACCUCGAGAUCAGCUGACCCGGAUCGUCUCAUACCAUCCCGCUUACGAACAGCAUCUUAGGGACCUAAGUGCUUGGGUCGAGAAAGGAAAACAGCCACCUACCGGAACAUCAUACUCUGUCAGCCAUGGACAGGUCCAGGUUCCUGCCACUGCGGCCCGUCGUAAGGGCAUUCAGCCCGUUGUGGACUUGACAGUGAGUGGCAAGACACAAAUAACCAUUCUGGCUCAAAAAACCGUGUCCUUCAAGGCCCAUAUCGAGGUCCCCACGGACACUGGCUCUAUCACUUCGGUCGAGUGGGACCUUGAAGGAACUGGAAACUUUAAAGGGACUGGAACUUUUGGCAAGGACUUUGCGGGUGGCAAAGCUAUCUUGGAUGUGACGGUUUCUCGAGCGUACCAGAAGCGGGGGACGUAUUUUGCCGCUGUCCGUGUCACUUCCAACCGUGACGGAGAUGUAAAGACUCCUUAUGCUCAGGUCGCAAACAUUGGUCGCGUCAGGGUAGUUGUAAAUUAG